AUGGCCGACACCAGCACCAACACCCCGCUAUUCCCCAGGUCCCUCAUAAAGCCCGACGCGGCAUCAGCCUUCCCACCAGGCUAUGAGAUCCGCCCUCUCCAAAAGGAUGACUACGCUAGAGGCUUCAUCGAAUGUCUGCGAGAUCUGACCUGGAUGGCGGAGGUGACUGAGGCCGAGUUCAAUGAGCGCUACGACGAGAUGGAUUCCGGCGGCAAAGGCCCCUACUACUACCUUGUCAUUGAGCAUGCUGGCCGGAUCGUCGGCACUGGCUUGGUCCUGGCCGAGAAGAAAUUUAUCCACAACCGUUGCACCGUUGGGCACAUUGAGGAAAUCUGCAUCUCCAAGGAUCACCAGAGCAAAGGCCUAGGCCGUCUCCUCAUGAAUGCCCUCAACUCCGUCGCCGACAACGCCGGCUGCUACAAAACUAUUCUCAACUGCAGCGAAAAGAAGCAGGACUUCUACAAGAAGUGCGGCUAUGAGGACUCCGGCCUAGAAAUGGUUCAUUACGUCAAGGGCGCCGCGACACCGCGGUGA